AGCCUGAGCUGCAUAGCGAGACCCUGUCUCAAAAAAAACAAAACAAAACAAAAAAACCCAUACUGACUCUUUCAAAUGCCUAACCCUACCUGACUGCCUAUUCUAUCUAAUUCAGCUGCCUACAACACAGCCACUAAAAAUUUCCAGAAGUGAGAAAAUGACAUUUCUAGCCAAACCGGGGUUAUUCCUAAUGGCUGCAUUGCAAGCUUCUGUCUUUUGCCAGCUUCGCUUGGGGCGUGAGGCUGCCGAGAGAGGGCGUCUCCGGCACGGGUCCUGGGAAGCUGCAGGACUUCCUUGACCCUCCUGCUCAGGACCCUGUGGUAUUUGAGCACUGAUAUGUAUUGAAAUGUAUGACUCCGUAUAAGCGCAGAGGUAACUGGCACUGACUGGGACAUCGCAGGCAGUGCAAUCUGUGACACGGCUUCAAGGCUGGACGUGGUUCUAAUCCUGGAGCCCAGGCCUGAAGGAAUCUCACUUGCUAAUCAACUCAGUGUGUUUGUUUACCGUCCCUGUGUGCUUAGCUGCAGGGAGACAGUCCUGGAUUUUUGUCUUCCUUCCACGGGCGCCUGCCAGGCAGUGUGUGUGCUGUCAGUCUGUGCCAGGGCUGUGGAGAGCGUUUCCACCCGAGGCAGAUGGGUUGGCGAGCGGCGCCCUGGGGAGCCCUUCUCCAUGGAAGCAUUCCUGAAGGCAAACGUGGAUUGGAAAACUCCGAUCUAUGAAGGCAGUCCCAGAAUGCGCCGAUUUCAUAGCUCUGAUCACUUGAAACCGGCAUCUGGCAGUGGGUGGCACGUGUGGUAUGCGUGGCAUUGCAAACCCUGGGCUGCCAGUGGCGUCCCAAGGGCUCGCCCAGCGCCCCUGCUGGCGUGCCUUCCCUCCAACCCAGGGUCUUCUGCCUGAGGCGCCAUCGGCAGUGUCUGUCCUCUGGGAGACCGACGGCGCCCCCUGCACAUGUUGAGCUCCUGACGGAACCUCUGGGGUUCACUCCUCAUGUGCCAGCGGGUGUCUGCUCCUCACGGGAGGGUGGCUGGUGGGUGGCAGGGCUCAGGGGUCUGCAGGGAGGGCAGGGAGAACCCCGCCCGAACCUCGUGGCACACAGGGCCUCGGGGAGACCUCCUGGAGAAAGAGACGCUGCUGCCAAGGAGACGAGGAGCAUGGAAGGGGGUGAGGGAGGCCCGGCAGAGGCUGCUCCUGCGGCCUCAAUACCCGCCCGGCCCUGGCCGCCCGCCUCCACAGAAUCUCUGGUCAGCAGAGACACAAAGGUGACAGGGAUGACCGGGUGUCUGAUCCCCAGACACGUGCAUGUGCGCCCAGGUAUGCAUGCGUGCGCACACACACAGAGCGGUCACCGCCCUCCCACAGGUUGGUACUGGGGCUCCCGGGAGGAGGGCUGUGCGGGCUCAGCCAUCCCAGGCAGGCUUCCGGUUCUGCUCCCAGACUGGCUUUGCUGCGUUAUUCUCUCUGACAUCCGAAGACGUCACUCUGAGCACUGGGUCUGCGCAGCUCUAUGCCGCUCUGCAGAGCCGAGCCCAGGAGAUGCGCUGACGCUGAUGAGACCGGCUGCUGUGGCCCAGGCCUCUCGUCCACCCCCUGCAGGGCUCCGGAGAGGGCACCCUGCCACGUUUAUGUCUGCUGCCUCUUGCACCCCAUCGUGGCCACAGUGGGGUGUAACCGCCCCUCCACGGCGGGGUCGAUGGCCGGCAGACCGGAGUCACAGGAGAGGCGUGGCCAGGAGAGAUGUGAAAGCCGUGGACAGAGCACAGCUGGUGACGGGCUGGAGACAGGCCCAGCUGGCCGUGCUGUGCGGGGCCGGGCAGGGGAGGCCACGUCCACACAGGGAGCAGUGGGGAUGGCCUGCAGGGGGCGGGCCCCAGAGAAAGCAAGGAGAGGCCGCGUGUCCCUGGACAUCUUGACGGGACACGGGACGGAGGCACAUGCGGGAGCCCUGAGCAGGGGCGGGGCAGCAGGCACAGCCCUGAGGCUGCAGGGAAGAGACUCGGCCCAUCCUGGCGCCGUGCGGCUUGAACCCUGCACCCCUGGAGUCCUGUGGAGCUGGCCCGGCCCCCAGAGCCCUGGUCUCUAUGCCUUCGGGGCCGUGCGCUUACUGUGACGCCACUGGCCCCACUGGCCCUCGGCGGGCGCGACCAGACCGCCUGCUCCGGAAACGGCAGCCGUCGCUCCGCAGGCCAGUGACCGGCGGGUGACUCGUUCGGCAUCCAGGAAUCGGGGUUUUGGCUGCCCCAUGAGCAGGAGACCCCGACCCCCGAUUCAUUCUCUGACUCAUCCACACUGGGCACAUAAGAAAGCGCCUUUCUGUGGAUUAGUUCCUGCAGGGCCGGCUUCCUGGUUCUGUGUCCAGGAGCACACGUUUCUGGUUGGUAUUCAUGCCUGCGGUGGUCAUUAACCCAGCUGUCACCUGGGUCCACCACACCACUGCCCGCUCUCUGCUCAGCCUGGACCUCAGCAUGGGGACAGCGUGCCUGCUUCUGCUGCACGCCUGGGGCCGUAACCCUUGAGCCCGAGUCUUUCUCCUUGGGAUGCUUCGUAGUUUAUUUUCCUUUCCGCUGAAGCAGGAGCAGGAUGGAGAAUGCAUCACCUUCCCAUGUGUGAAAUGCUCCUCGCCGAGGCCGUGGCCGGGGACCCUCAUGCAGUGUGGCCCCGUGAGUUGGUGGGCGGUGGAGGAGGGGCUGCGGGGGUGGCGCGUCCUCUGCCUCAGCUUCUUCCCGGUGCUCCGCACGUCCCUCUGCAGGUUUUCCUCGCAAGCACAGGUCCCCUUUCCAGCGGAGGGCGAGGGCAUCCCCACCCCUCUGCGCCUCCGUGGCGGGCUGUGCGGUGGGCAGGCACGCCCCCGGAGUGCUCGUUUCUCCUGCGGAGCCUUGCAGGUGUCCCCAGGUGACCGUGCCCCUGGGAUUUCUGCGUCUUUUCACGUCAGGACGGAGCGUGCUUUCCUGUGCACGCCACCGUUUCUCAGGCGGCCCCACUUUACAGGGGCCCAAAAGCAACUCACAGUCAGGAGAAACCGUGCUUCCCAGGUGGAGUGUGACCUCUUUUGUGGCCGCAGUGACCACGCUGGGCACAGCUCCUGGUCAGCCCCUCGGUGGGGAGGGGACGGACAAAUCUGGCCCUGUGCAGGGACCCGCACACAGCCCAGGAGCCCGUAGGCCGGGCCUGUGCGUACUUUCCCACUUAGGGUAUUUUGACCUGUGGCGAGGUUGGGGGCCAGCUGCAGAGAUCACUGUCUCAUUUCUCUUGAGCUUAAGCUUGGGUCUCUUGCUCCUCAUUUCAUCCAACGCCCAACCUCUGUCUCUGCCCUCUGCUGUGGCAUGCCCGAGGGCCACUCCCUGGCACCUUGGCUGAACCCUCCAUGUUUGGUCUGUCUUGUGCCCACUGUUGGUGUUUUCUGGAUUCUGUUUCCCCUCUGUAGCGCAGGAAGUUCUUGGAAGCAAGUUUCUGAGUCUCGGUGGCUCGGGCUCUUUGGCGCCCCCCAGCAGUCCUCGAUGCUUGUACUGCACGGUGGUCAGGGGCAGACGGUGGACCGCGGCCACUGCUUGGCCUGCAUCAAGGGCUCCUUCUCGGCCCUGCCCGUGUUUCCUUUUGUGGAUGGCUGGGCGCCCAUGGGAAGAGCGUGACAUUUCUAUGUGCUGAUUGCAGUCCUGAAGUGAAACGGGACUACCGGGCCCUCUGCGUCCUUGUUUGUGUUAGGCGCCCGGCCCAGGGGUGCGUCUGUGCCUGCGGGUGUGUCCUGUGUGCAGGCGACACGACCCGGAGCACACGCGUCGGACCCUGCCCGUCACAGCCGCGUGGACCCUCACAGCGUAACCUUCCCGGCCCACUCCUUGCUUUUUAAUUGUGGCAAAGUUCACAUAACAUAGCAUGUACAACCCAGCCACCUUGCGGAAGCAGCUAAGUGGUGCUGAGCGUAUUCGCGAUGUGAGUGACAUGUCAGAGCUCUUCUCGUGGAGGAACUGCAGCUCUGGGCCGGUACAGUACAGCUCCUGGCCUCCUCCUUGUGCUUGGCAGCUGCCGGCCCCAUCCCAGCUCUGUGAUUUGAACUACUCCAGCACCUUCUUUUUUUU